AUGAGUGAUAUUCCUGUUCAAAAGACAAAUGAACCAAAACUAACACUAAAAGAGAUUAUUAAACAAAGGUAUUCAAAAACUGGAAAGAAAACAAAUGACCUUUUUGGUGUUGUUUAUCAAGCAAAAGAUGAAAAGAAAGCUAUUCCAGUUUCAAUCAAAUUAUAUCAACAAUGUGAAGAAGACAUUGAUGGGAUACAAUCUAAUUGUCUUCGAGAGAUUGCUAUAUUAAAAAAAUUAAAUCAUAACAAUAUUAUAAAAAUGAUUGACUAUUAUUAUGGUAUCGAAGGAUGUUAUAUAGUAUUUGAAUCAUGUGAUAGAAAUUUAGAAGAAUAUAUUAAAACUUUUGCAGGAGAAUUAUCUCUUAAUACCGUUCAACUAAUAUCCAAACAAUUACUCGAAGCAGUUGAAUAUUUACAUUCACAUAGGAUAUUACAUCGUGAUAUCCGACCAUCUAAUAUUAUUCUCUCACUUUCUAGGACAAUAAAACUUACUAACUUCUCUCUUUCUAGACAAGUAACAAUCCCAAUAAGAAAAUAUACACAAGAAGUAGUAAAUAUAUGGUACAGAGCUCCAGAAAUUAUAUUAAGUGAUCAUGGGUAUGGAACAGGUGUAGACAUAUGGUCUGUUGGAUGUGUUAUUGCAGAACUAAUCAAUUCUAAACCAUUAUUUUCUGGUGAUUGUAAAAUUGGUCAACUCUUUCAAAUUUUUCAAAUAUUUGGUACUCCUACAGAAGAGUCUUGGCCUGGAGUUACUAAAAUGGUUAAUUGGAGUAAUCGUUUUCCAAAGUUUAAAGGAAAACAACUUCAUAGUGUAUGUAGUAGGAUUGGAGAUCAAGGAAUUGAUUUAUUAAAUAAAAUGUUAUGUUGUUAUCCAAAUAAACGAAUUGAUGCUAAAGAAGCAUUAAAACAUCCUUUUAUUAGUUUUUAUAAUUGA